GGUAAUCGGAGUUUAUGGAUAUCGCCGCCAAUUCUCAAGACAUAUAUAGUCGACCUCUUCCCCAGAUAUCAUUGAAGCAGCAACGUCCUUAUACACUCUUCAUUAACUACCAUCAUGUCUAUCUUCGCCCCCGCCCCCAAGCCAGCCAGCCGUCUCGGCUACCACCGCGUAUUGGCACCCUCGGCCGGUGUCAAGGUCUCCCCACUGUGUCUGGGAGCUAUGAACUUUGGAGACUCAUGGAAGGACUUCAUGGGAGAAUGCAACAAGGAGCAGACCUUUGCACUGCUGGAUGAAUUCUACAGGCUGGGAGGCAACUUUAUCGACACGGCCAACAACUAUCAAUUCGAAGAAUCCGAGAAAUGGAUCGGAGAGUGGAUGACCGCGCGCGGGAACCGCGACCAGAUGGUCAUCGCAACCAAGUACACAACCGGUUUCCGCACCGCCCAUCGGGACACCGAGCCCCUGCAAUCCAAUUUCGUCGGCAACUCCAUGAAGAGCAUGCGGGUCUCCGUCGAGAGAAGUCUCAAGAAACUCCAGACUGACUACAUCGACCUCCUCUACCUGCACUGGUGGGACUUCACCUCCUCCGUGGAAGAAGUCAUGCAUGGACUCAACAACCUCGUCACAUCGGGCAAGGUUCUCUACCUCGGUGUCUCCGACACCCCGGCCUGGGUUGUCGUCAAGGCCAACGAUUACGCUCGGGCCAACGGCCUCCGUCCUUUCUCUGUGUACCAAGGAAGAUGGAACGCCGGAUUCAGAGACCUCGAAAGAGAGAUAAUUCCCAUGUGCAGAGACCAAGGAAUGGCGAUUGCUCCCUGGGCACCGCUCGGCGCGGGCAAGUUCAAGUCUGCGGAGGCGCGUAAGAGCGACGCCGAAUCUGGCAGUGCACGUGCCGCUGAAUUGAGCGAGACUGAUAUCAAGGUCUCGGAUGCAUUGGAGAAGGUUGCGAACAGGAAGAACACCACGUUGCAUGCUAUUGCUCUAGCUUACGUCAUGCACAAGACACCUAACGUGUUCCCCAUCAUCGGUCAACGCAAGAUUGAGCAUCUCCGGGAGAAUGUGGAGGCUUUGAGCGUCAGCCUCUCCAACGAGGACCUCGAUGAGAUUGAUAGUGCAUCUUCGUUUGAUGUUGGCUUCCCGAUGAACUUCAUCUACCGUGACUGUUACUCUUCGCGCAACACGGCCGCCGAUGUCUGGUUGACCAAGGCUGCUGCUCUUAUUGACGCACCUCCUCAUGCGGCGCCUGUGCAGCCUCGUCAGGAGUAGAUUCCUG